AGUAUCCUGUAGCAGUGAACUUUAUCAACCGACCGACAGCGUGAUAACAAUCGAGAAAAUUGGUUGAGCAAUCGUCUAGCCUCUUAGCCAUUAUUGCUCGUUUCAAAGAUGGCUGCUUCCGAUAUAGCAGCCUACAUACUUAAAUUACCGAUUAGUUUAUCUAUUCUAAUAUGGGCUUUGUUAAAGCAAAGCUUUAGUUACAAACACAUUCAAAGUUUAGAGAAAAGUUAUUUAAAAUUUUACAAAGGCUUCAGCACGUCGAAUGAAGUGACCUUCGCAGCUAGAAAAAGCAAUUAUGCAAAGAUGACUCCUCUAUUUUAUGGCCUAAUAACCGAUUUUUACGAAUUUGGUUGGGGCCGCUCUUUUCAUUUUGCACCGCGUUAUAAAUGCGAAACUUUUAAGGAAGCAAUGACGCGUUACGAGCACUUUUUUGCUGCUAAUUUCCGUUUAGACUUAACCUCGAAUGAAAAGCAAUGUAUACUAGAUGUAGGCUGCGGAGUUGGAGGCCCAAUGCGCACAAUUGCUAAGUUUUUUAAGUAUCGCGUCUCAAUCACGGGUGUCAACAUUACUCACGAACACAUUAAACGGGCACUCGUUUACAAUGAGAGGGAGGACAUCAAAAAUUGCAAUUUUAUUGAGUGUGACUUCAAUACCAUUCCAGUUCAGGAUUCAACUUUUGAUGCAGCCUAUGACAUGGAAGCGACUCUCCACUCCACUGACUUGGAGACAACUUUUAAAGAAAUAUAUCGUGUAUUGAAGCCUGGAAAAAUAUUUGUGAGCGCACAGUAUUGCUUAAAAGAGGCCUACCGCCACUCUGAGCACCAAGACAUAAUUCGCAUGAUUGAUAAUCUUAACGGCUGCUACAUUUCUGGAAGAACGGCGCAAUCUACUCGAGAGUCUUUUCAGAAGGUGGGUUUUGAGAUCCUCUUAGACGAGGACGUUUUUGAAAAGAUUGCAGGAAGCGACUACAAUUUUCACGAGAGUCUUGAAGAUGCUAACGGUGUCAACUUUGCCACUUCGAAUAUUGGCAUGUUUAUCACUUCGAGUUUCUGCUAUAUAGGAGAAACAUUGAAACUUUUACCAACGGGAACAAGUGCAGUGCAAAAGUUACUAUCUCAGUCUGCGGAGUUGUGGAAAGUAGCUGGCAGACUUAAAAUAGUGACGCCGGGGCAUCUCUUUAUAGUUCGGAAGCCUUUACACAACUAUUAAUAUAAA